CGUAACAAUUGAAUUAGAUGUAUAAAUUUAACUUCAUCAGACAUAUAAGAGAAGGAUUAAAUUGUUAUAACAUAGUAAAUUUUCAAGUUAAAAAUUGUUCUACAAUGAAUUAUCAAUAUAUUUAUAUUAUUUUUAUGAUUGGUAUAAUGUUUUGUUUAAUAAAGGGGCAUAAAGAAAUACUUUUUGAUUUUACAACUGUAGAAAAUGUAGAUAAUUGGAAAGAAAUAUCUGACACUGUAAGAACAGUAGGAAAGUCAAAAGCUGUUUUAGUAUUGCAAACAACACAAAUUUUUCAAUAUGCUGUAUUCUUUACUCUUUUGAAUCCACAACUAAAUGGUGCAGGUUUUGCAGGAAUACGUACAAUUACUAAUUUAAAUUUAUCUAAUUUUAAAAAUGUUGAAAUCAAUUGUCGAGGACAAGGCAGCAAUAUUUACUAUAAAGUUGUUCUUAGACACAAAGGUCUUCAUUCAAAUAAAGAUAUAACAUAUGAACAAUUUUUCACGGCACCAAUGUCAAAUAUUGAUUUUUCAACUGUGAUAUUGCCUUUGAAAAAUUUUAAACCAUAUUAUCAUGGACGAGAAGUAUCUGAUGUAGAACCAUUAGACACUGCAAAUAUUACAAUGUUUGGUUUACAAAUGUAUGGUGGAGUUUAUUUACCAAUUAAACAAAAAGGUGUAUCAGCAUUAGAAGUAAUAAAUAUAUCAGCAUCAUAAUUACUGUAUGAUAUGAACAAUAUAAAUAAUAUAAGAAAUUAAAUUAUUUCAAUAAUUUUAUUAAUUAUUGACUUUGUCAAUUAUUAUUUUAAUUUAUAUUUUAAAUACCAAUUUGUAAAGGAAAUAAAAAAAUAUACACGGAUAUGCGAAAUUUAUAAAAUUAUUUAAUUAUUAUAGAUGUAUAUAUUUUAAUCAAAUAUGUUAAUUUCUCAUUGUUAUUUACGUUAAUUUGCAUAAAUGUAAAUUAACAAGAAUUUUUUAAAUAAAAAAUUUUUU